UCAAGUUGGUUUCAGGGAUAUAGAGAUUUUUCGUCCAAAACAGGAAAUAUAUGCACAGACGAAAUAAAAAUUAUUCAUCAAGAUGUUUUAAAUAAACUUAAACAAUUAUAUAGCUAUUAUGAUAAUUUCAGCACAUUUAAUGGUAAAGACAAUGACUCCGAUGGUAAUAUUUGUGAAAGUGUUAGAGAAUGUUAUAACUUUUAUAACAAUAAUUACAAAGAAUGUCAACAAAAUAGCAAUGACCCUUUUUGUGAGGAGUUAAUCAAUUUUAAGAAUGCAUAUGAUGAUAAAAUGAAUAAAUUCACUCCAUGCGAAGGUUUGCCAAAAAUAUUACCACAAAUAGAACAAACUUCAACACAAAUAUUACCACCUACAGAAGAUGUAGAUUACGUAUUUGUUCCCAUUUUAACAACAUCUAUCGUAUUACUAAUGUCUUUCACUAUAUUUUUUUUAUAUAAGUUUACUCCACUGAAAUCUUGGAUAUAUUAUCGUUUACGAAAAAAAAAAAUUAUUGAACUUAACAAAUUUCAAGAAGCAUUGAGCGAAUCCUUACAAAACCUUCAUGUAGUAGUAAAUAGGAAUUGUGAAGUAAGUUCUCAUAAUAUAACCUAUCAACCUCAAGGAGACACUUGA